AUGUCGGUUUACAAGAACGUAACUCUUCUAGCUUCAAUGGCUUUAAUUAGCUCUAAAACUGAUCGAAAUCUCGAUCAAAGGCUAAUUAAAUUAAGCGAUAAAAAUAAUUCUAAAGUUUAUAAAAUCAAGCAAGGUACCGAUACUUACGAAUUUAAAUCAAGCUCUAAAUAUGCGAAUAAGCUAUUAAUGCUUAAUAAAGCAUUAUACGGACUAAAACAAUCAGCUCGUUUAUGGUUUAUCACGUUAAAAGAAGUGCUUAUACAAAAAUUCAGCUUUACGCCUUUACUAGUUGAUAGCUGUAUUUUGUAUAAUAAAGAGCUAAAAUUAAUCAUUAGCGUUUACGUUGAUGAUUUAGCACUUAUUAAUCCGAAUAUCGAUACAAUAAAAUCCUUUAUUAAAGAACUUCAAAAAUACUUUAAAUUAAAGGAUUUAAGGCUAAUAAAAGAUUAUUUGGGUAUCGAUAUCGAAUACGAUAUUAAGCGAAGCUAUAUGAAAUUAAGCCAAGAAUCUUAUAUUACUAAGAUUUUGAAUCGUUUCGAUAUGCUAGAUUGCAAGCCUAAACCAAUACUAAUGGAUUCAAAGGCUAAAUUAGAGCCUAAUCCUAAUAAGGCUAGCGCGUCAGAGAUCACGUGGUUUCAGCAAGUAAUAGGCUGCCUUUUAUUCUUGACGCUAGCAACUAGACCCGAUAUUUGCUACGCUGUAAUUAAGCUAGCUCGAUUUGCAAGCAAUCCUAGCGAAAGCCAUAUUAUAACUCAAAGCACUACUGAAGCUGAAUAUAUGGCGAUUAAUUCGGCCGCUAAGGAAGCUGUUUAUAUAAAGCAACUUCUUACCGAAUUAGGCUAUUAUAUGCAAGAUAAAUUCCCUUUAUAUACUGAUAAUAACGGCGCUUUAUUACUCGCUAAAAACCCUGUUUUUCACGAGAGAACAAAGCAUAUAGCUGUUAAAUAUCAUUAUAUAAAAGAUCUUAUAAACAAAGGUAUUAUAGACCUUGUUUAUAUAAGAACUUUGAAUCAAAAGGCAGACGGGUUUAUUAAAGCUCUCGAUAAGCCUAAGUUUAACGAAUUUGUUAAACAAUUGCAACUUUCUUAA